AUGAGGAUUUUGAGAUACUUAAAAUCUUCUCCUGGAAAGGGCCUUUAUUUUUCCAAACACGAUCAUCUUAGUGUGGAAGCCUAUACGGAUGCAGAUUGGGCAGGAUCAAUAACUGAUAGGAGGUCCACUUCGGGGUAUUGUACCUUUGUUGGAGGGAAUCUGGUUACUUGGAGCAGUAAGAAACAAAAUGUGGUUGCCCGGUCUAGUGCGGAGGCAAAGUUUAGAGCCAUGGCACAACGUGUGUGUGAACUCUUGUGGAUCAAGUUGUUGUUGAGUGAUCUGGGGAUAGAUCAAAUGGAUUCCAUGCGACUAUAUUGUGAUAAUAAAGCUGCCAUCAACAUAGCUCACAAUCCAGUCAUACAGAUUAUGCCAGCAUUGAUUCUUGAUACUGCAAGGGCCCUUUUCAGUAACCUUUCUUCCAAGGGUUUACAACCUGAUGUUAAGACAUACACUACGAUGAUACAAGGUUUUUGUGAAGAAGGCCUACUGCAUGACGCUAAAGAGUUGUUUGUUAAAAUGGAACAUAAUGGUUGUUUGCCAAAUGAUGUCACUUACAACACUAUUAUCCGAGGAUUUAUUGGACAACACAAGUGCUAUGAGGCAUUAAUACUGGUUGAGGAAAUGGUUCAAAGGGGUUUUUCAGCAGAUGCAUCCAAUUCUUCCUUGGUCAUAGAUAUACUCACAACUAAAGGACAAGAUGCUGCUGUCCAAGAAGUGAUAAAGAAGUAUAUGCCCAAAGAUAGUCAUGGAAUGCAAGAGAUUGAGUAA